GCACCUCCACUGAGCUUUCAAACCAAGUCAUUGGGAGUUAGUGUCUUCCCACCCCGGAAGGGAAGGGAGGAGUUGGCAAGAAUUUGGCUCACCCAUUCCGUCUGCAGUCCUCUGGUGUGGAGGAGCACCGAACUUCUGCCAUGACGGACACCGUAUUCAGCAACAGCUCUAGCCGUUGGAUGUGUCCCAGUGACCGACCUCUUCAAUCAAAUGAUAAAGAACAGCUCCAGGCUGGCUGGUCCCUUCAUCCUGGUGGUCAGCCCGACAGACAGAGGAAGCAGGAAGAGCUGACAGAUGAGGAGAAGGAAAUCAUCAACAGAGUGAUUGCUCGAGCUGAGAAGAUGGAAGAGAUGGAACAGGAGCGAAUCGGGCGCCUGGUGGACCGUCUGGAGAACAUGAGGAAGAACGUGGCCGGGGACGGGGUGAACCGCUGCAUCCUGUGUGGAGAACAGCUGGGGAUGCUGGGCUCCACCUGUGUGGUGUGUGAGGACUGUAAGAAGAAUGUCUGCACCAAGUGUGGGGUGGAAACCUCCAGUAACCGCCCGCAUCCCAUGUGGCUCUGCAAAAUCUGCAUCGAGCAGAGAGAGGUGUGGAAGCGUUCCGGAGCAUGGUUCUUCAAGGGCUUCCCCAAACAGGUCCUCCCACAGCCUAUGCCUAUAAGGAAGACCAAGCCCCAGCAGCCUGUCAGUGAGCCUGCUGCGUCUGAGCCGGUCGCCCCCGAGCCCAAGCAUGCUGCCCGGGCUCCAACCCGAGGUGACACUGAAGACAGGAGGGGCCCAGGUCAGAAGACAGGUCCUGAACCGGCCUCUGCUCCCGGGCGAGGAAGCUAUGGGCCUCCCGUGCGCAGGGCCUCUGAGGCACGCAUGAGCUCAUCCAGCCGGGACUCAGAGAGCUGGGACCACGGCCAUGGUGGGGCUGCCGGUGACUCCAGCCGGAGCCCAGCAGGUUUGCGACGGGCCAACUCCGUGCAGGCCUCCAGACCUGCUCCCGCCUCCGCGCAGAGCCCAGCGCCGCCCCAGCCUGGGCAGCCAGGGCCUCCAGGAGGCAGCAAACCCAGCCCUGGGCCAGCAGGACGCUUUCCAGAUCAGAGACCAGAGGUGGCUCCUGGCGACUCUGGCUAUGCUGGGGCCAUGGCCCCACCGCGGGAGGAGAGAACAGGGGGAGUUGGAGGCUACUCAGUAGCUGGAGCCAGGGAGGACCGAGCGGGCCCCCCUCCGGGCCCAUAUUCCCAAGCGUCUGCUGCUGCCCCCCAGCCUGCCGCGGCCCCUGCCCGCCAGCCCCCACCCCCGGAGGAGGAGGAGGAAGAAGCCAACAGCUAUGAUUCAGAUGAAGCAACCACCCUGGGUGCCCUGGAGUUCAGCCUUCUCUACGACCAGGACAACAGCUCCCUGCACUGCACCAUCAUAAAAGCCAAGGGACUGAAGCCCAUGGAUUCCAACGGCUUGGCUGAUCCCUACGUUAAGCUGCAUCUCCUGCCAGGAGCCAGCAAGUCCAACAAGCUUCGUACAAAAACUCUGCGGAACACCCGGAACCCCAUCUGGAAUGAGACCCUUGUCUAUCAUGGCAUCACAGACGAGGACAUGCAGAGGAAGACCCUCAGGAUCUCUGUCUGUGAUGAGGACAAAUUUGGCCAUAACGAGUUUAUCGGUGAGACCAGAUUUUCACUCAAGAAACUGAAGCCCAACCAGAAAAAGAACUUCAAUAUCUGUCUGGAGCGGGUGAUCCCGAUGAAGCGUGCCGGGACCACUGGGUCAGCCCGAGGCAUGGCCCUUUAUGAGGAGGAGCAGGUGGAACGUAUUGGUGACAUAGAGGAACGUGGCAAGAUCUUGGUGUCCCUCAUGUACAGCACACAGCAGGGGGGCCUCAUUGUGGGCAUCAUACGCUGCGUGCACCUGGCCGCCAUGGACGCCAAUGGCUACUCAGAUCCAUUCGUCAAGCUCUGGCUGAAACCAGACAUGGGAAAGAAAGCCAAACACAAGACUCAAAUAAAGAAGAAAACCUUGAAUCCUGAGUUUAAUGAGGAGUUUUUCUAUGACAUCAAACAUGGUGACCUGGCAAAGAAGUCCCUGGACAUCUCGGUCUGGGACUAUGACAUCGGCAAGUCCAACGAUUAUAUCGGAGGCUGCCAGCUGGGGAUCUCGGCCAAAGGAGAACGCUUAAAACACUGGUACGAGUGUCUGAAAAACAAGGACAAGAAGAUUGAGCGCUGGCACCAGCUACAGAACGAGAACCACGUGUCGAGUGAUUAGGGUGGGCCCCCAGGUCCCGGCUCCAUGCCCUACCCCAUGCCAGGUCACCCGCCAGCCUGACCCAGCUGCCCUUCACACUCUGGUCUCUCUUCUCUCUGCCUCCCCCACCCUCUCCCUCCUUGCGCCUGCCUUUGAGGUGCCCCCCUGACCUUGGGCACUGCUGCCAAAGACCUUUCUCCUCCAUCUGCGAUGCUAUGGUGCAGGCCCUGACUGCAGCCCCUCUCUGGUCCCUCUAGGAUGGAGCGGGAGGGAGGGGGAUGCGGAGAUUUUUACAAGGAGGCGAGAAUUUAACAAGCUCUCUGUCUGGGAAAACUGCAAAGGUUCUUCAUCAUUUAGGACUGUUUUUAGACCCUCCUGGCCUUGA